GUGAGACGGAGCACGGCAGGACAGAGGGCGAGGAGGGUGGGCCCAGAGCAGAGAGCCACGCCCCCUUGCUGUACUACGAGCUGCAGACGGCGAUCAAGUCUCUGCUGAAGCACAUCAACAUACCUCUGCACCAGGCCCGUCACUUCCGUCUCUACAGUCAGGAAGUUGUGGAGCUCGGUCACAGCGUCUCCUUCCUGCUGCUGCUGCCGGCGGCCGAUGACGUUUGCUCCGCCCCCGGGCAGUCCAACCCCUACACCCCCCUGUCAGGAUUCCUCCUCCUCCCCCUGCCAAUGUUUGAACUGGUUCAUUUCUGCACCUACAAAGAGAAGUUCAUCAGUCUCUACUGUCGUCUGUCCUCCGUCCUGGACCUGGACGCCCUCAUUACCCAGCAAGCACUGCGGGAGGCCAUCACCGACAGUGAGGUGACCACAGCCAAGCAAAGACAUCAGCUCAUCCUGGACUACAUCCAGCAACUAGACGAAAUGCGUCGGGACCUUCGUUGGAUCACGGAUGCUUUGCAGUACGCUCGCUACAAGCAGCCACGUGGCGGCGUACCAAUCACCUGCCUGGUGGACGCCAACGCUCCAGAGAGUAUCUUCGACCAACAAAAGACCGACUCCACCUCCUCGACCAUGGACUACUUGCCCACACCUUCGCCCUCGCCUGAACUCCACAGGAGGAAAGCCAUCAGUGACUCUCUGCUUGGCUCCGAUGAAGACGGCUCCUCUGAGGUUUUUCUGCCAACAGACAGCGACUAUGACUCCAGUGACGCACUGAGCCCCCGCGAGCUGGACCUGCUCUACUCUCCGUCCCAGGACCUUUCCCAGCAGGCUGUGCACUCGCUGGGCGGCAGCGCCCCUGAUGUGCUGCAGAUCCACGAGCUCAGGUACAGCGUCUUCCCCCCCAAAGACCUCCCCCUCUCCCCAACGGUCAAGGAUCCCACAACUAAAGACGCCCCUCUCUCUUCCCCCCUCCUCCCCAACUCUCCCUCUCAAUCCAAAGACUUCCCUCUCUCUAUGUCCACUUUACCUCGCUCGCCCUCCCUCUCCAGGACCCUCUCUACCUCUCCUUCCCUCCCCCUCUCCCCCAGAUUCUCCAAAGACCUUCCUCUUUCCCUCCCUCUCUCCCCGGCUCUGUCCGACACCACCAAGACUCUGGAGGGCCUCUCUCUGUCUAAGAGCCACCAGGAGGAGGUUGCUCCCCUAAGGGCCCUCACCAACCCCUCCUCCAAACGCAAACUGCUCUCCAGGAGUCACAGGGGCCAGUACUUCAGUGGGCCGCAGGGCUGGCUGAGGGGCCACAGUGGGGAGAGUCACACGGGGUCUUUAUCUGAGGGCGUCUACACCAAGCAGCUCGAUACGAACCUUCCCCUGGUCGGGGACCCGCCCAACCCACAGGGCACCACCUACGUUAGCCACGCCUCCCACGUCCUUGAGAGUCAGAGGAGCGGACAGCGUGAGCCACGGCCCCACGUCCGCAGGAUCUUUGUGGAGCCCUGCAACAAGCCGUCGCUGGGCCAGGAGAGGAGGGGCUGGGACGAGGAGGAAGGCGGAAAGAUGACGGAGAAGGUGUCAGCUGCAAGUGUGUCGGGGGUCGAGGCUCAUGGGGCGGAGUCUGGAGGGAAAGGGGAGGGGCCAGAGGGAGCCACGGCGCCGGACAUAGACUCAGACGACCAAACCAAUGCCCAAGUCUCAGAGAUACUGAGCAGCACGCUGUAGAGUUUGAACCACUUCUGAGGAUUUAAAGCUUCACUGGGCAAAUUUUUAACAACAGCUUUUAUUUUAAUUCACAGUGAUGCAUCCUGUCAGUGGUUCUGUCGCCAUGUUUGACUCUUUAUACGACGCCGCCCCUCACAGGUCACUGAGGCAGACAUGCAGCACUUGGUCCAGUCCUCAUCCUCAGAACCCAAACAAGUGUCUUAUUGAUGCCUCUUGUGGACAAAGCAGGGACAACAGCAUUGACCGAGACAAAGAAGACGAUGCACUUGAAAACCAACUCGUACAAGUUUUAGUCAGUUUACGUUAGAUUAGCCUCCAUUAAAAUGUUUCGGUCGGAAGCAGUCGCUCAGUGGUUCUUAGAACAACUGACCCAUUUUUGACCCAAUGCUUCCAAGGACCCACAGGAACUCAACUCAGGAACUCACUAAGAUUCAAGGGUUUAUUGUCAUAUGCACAAAAAUUACAUUAUGCUGGCAAUGAAAUGCUUGAGUCCCAGGCUCCCCUCCAGCCAC